AUGAAUGAAGAGUAUUGGGGGCUAGUGAAGAUAGGAAAUUUGAAAACAGACUUCACUUUGCAGCUGCCAGAUGCCCCAGGACUGCGUGAUGAGCAAGCUGUGCUAUGGGACAGUUACCUUCUGUCUUUGAUAACAUAUUCUCCUAAAUUGGAACGUAAGACAUCAGAAUGCAUAAUACCAACAGACAGUGACAAUGAGAGGGGAGAAAGAAACAGCAAACGAGUCUGUUUUAAUGUAGCAGGAGAUGAGCAGGAAGAUUCAGGUCAUGACACCAUCAGCAACAGAGACUCUUACAGUGACUGCAACAGCAACAGGAACUCUAUUGCUUCCUUCACCAGCAUUUGCAGCAGCCAGUGCAGCUCCUAUUUUCACAGUGAUGAAAUGGACUCAGGUGAUGAAUUUCCCCUAAGUGUUCGAAUUUCUCAUGAUAAACAGGACAAGAUACAUAGUUGCCUUGAACAUCUUUUCAGCCAGGUGGACUCGAUUACCAAUCUUCUAAAAGGGCAAGCUGUUGUGAGGGCCUUUGAUCAAACCAAGUAUCUCACUCCAGGUCGAGGGUUACAAGAAUUUCAACAGGAAAUGGAACAAAAGCUGAGUUGUCCAAAAAGGUUAAGACUUCACAUCAAGCAAGAUCCUUGGAAUCUUCCAAGCAGUGUCCGGACUCUUGCUCAGAACAUCAGAAAAUUUGUUGAAGAGGUAAAGUGUAGGAUACUCCUGGCUCUUCUUGAAUAUUCAGACAGUGAGACACAGCUCCGGAGAGACAUGGUUUUCUGCCAAAGUCUCGUGGCCACAGUCUGUGCCUUCUCCGAACAGCUCAUGGCAGCCUUAAACCAGAUGUUUGACAACAGCAAAGAAAAUGAGAUGGAAACUUGGGAAGCCAGCAGGAGGUGGCUGGAACAGAUAGCCAAUGCAGGUGUUCUUUUUCACUUUCAGUCACUUCUGUCACCCAACUUGACAGAUGAACAAGCCAUGCUAGAAGAUACACUGGUUGCACUAUUUGAUUUGGAAAAGGUUUCCUUUUACUUCAAACCAUCAGAAGAGGAGCCAUUGGUUGCAAAUGUUCCUCUUACAUAUCAAGCAGAAGGAAGCCGGCAAGCUCUGAAAGUUUACUUCUACAUUGAUAGUUAUCAUUUUGAACAAUUGCCUCAGCGGUUGAAAAAUGGAGGAGGGUUUAAAAUUCAUCCCGUUCUUUUUGCACAAGCACUGGAGAGCAUGGAAGGAUAUUAUUAUAGAGACAACGUUUCAGUAGAAGAAUUUCAAGCCCAAAUAAAUGCAGCCUCAUUGGAAAAGGUCAAACAGUACAACCAGAAGCUCAG